AUGCACUUGGUUGUAGAAAAGUACCGAACCGAACAUAACACCUCGGAACCACUUCAACCAAUUUUGGUACCUUUCAAGCGAUACAGCCGAGAAUGCGUAGUUAGUGCAAUAAUGGAAUUCAUAAACUAUAAUUUCAUAAUGGAUAGUCCUCCGAAAUAUCGCGACUUUGAAGGGGAUAUGAUUCUUCUAGAAACACGAGAAGCUUUUGAGGUUGCGUUGGAUGAUGUAAUGCAGACACCACAAAAAUUAUUCGUAGUUCAUAUUGAUGGUGUCUAUAAAUCAGAAUCACCGAAGAAGGAAGACGCUGAAAUGUCUAUGAUUACAGAAGCUAGCUCUUUAUGUGGUGCUUACAAUAUGAAAGAUCUGGAGAUCAUUUUAAUGGAUCGGAUGGUAGAAGAAGUUAAGCAGGAAGUGAAUAAACAAAUUGUCAAACACCCAGUAAUCCAUAAAGUGGCAGAGUUCAUGAAUGGACUUAAGCAAAAAACAUAUGGAGCCAGCUGCAGUAAACAAAAAUCUACUCAAACAUCUUCAACGGAUGUAUUUGAUGCUACUGAUUCAUCGUCAUCUACAUUUUUGGAAGGUCAAAGUUCGUCAAGGAUAUCUGAAGAUGAUAUUGCCGUCUUUCAGUUAAUUGACGAAAGUCCAGUUUGGGAUGUGAAAGCAAUUUAUGAAAGGAAAACAAUAUCCUUAACGAAGUGGGAAAGUCCAAGCUCAUCUGAUCUUGUGCAAACUCUAGGUGAAGGAGAAGGGAUUUUUUCUAAACGAUGGGUUCUUCACCGAUUUCCUUGCAGAGGAUGGCAAAAUGUUUCGGUAAUUAAUGAAAAGAUGCCUGCUAUGCUAGAAAUAUAUCGUUCAAAGAUGAUUGUAACGAAUUUGCCAGAAAAGGGCCAAAUUGUUGAUUUCACUGUGUGGGUGAAGUGCUCAGCUCCAACAGGAUAUUUCUGUGCAUCUUGGCAGCUUUAUAAAAUGACUGAGAACGGUAGAGAUUCGAUUCCUGAGGGACCAAGGCUGACGUUUGAAAUCUUUUUGAAUCCAUUCACUGAUAAGAACGUCGAUAUCGAAAGGCCUACCGUUCCUAAUGAAUUGGAUUUGUUUUCAUAUUAUGCAGCAGUCAAGGAUGGAGAACAAAAUGUCGAUGAUACUCGAGAAUUGGAAGAAUUAACGAGCUCAGGAUCUAUUUCAGCAUCUGACUAUGAAGUAAUUGAUGGCGGAGAUGCUGUGGACGAUUCUGAAACGAAAUAA